AUUUUGCUGCCAACAUUAGGUCACGUUAGUUGAAACUAAAUCAACAUGAAAUAGAUUAUAAUUUUAUUUUUUUCCAUUAAAAGAACAAUUCUGCAGUAUUGUUAACUUCAGGAAACAAUGAGCCAGACUUUGCAAAAUCACAUCAUGGUCUUACAUAGUACUUUCUACUGGUUUAACUUCAUGGUGUGUUAGGACUAAGCUUCAAACUUUUCUUUAUGACACACUCAUAAACUUGCUGCUUGUUCAAAGUGUAGAUCAGCAAUAAAUUGCAGACUUCCAGGAGGUGGCAUUCAGGAAUAAUCAACAUCAGAAAUAAAAACGUGAUAAAAUGUAACCAAAAUGUGACGAAAAUGACAGUCUUAAAAGGUAGUGUCCAUUUCAGUAGUACAAACUCAGAUGUUACAGCAUUGACUACAUGCAAUAUUCAUUUGGGGACCUUUUUGUUUUAGCCACUGCUUUAAGACGAAGACACCAUGGAUAAAUAUGAAAUCAUUAAAAAAAUUGGAGAAGGAUCUUUUGGCAAAAUAUUCCUGGCAAAGGGAAAACUGGAUAAUGAGCAGUGUGUUAUCAAAGAGAUCGAUUUAACUAAGAUGCCUGUGAAAGAAAAAGACCCCUCUCAGAAAGAAGUUAUUCUUCUGGCCAAGAUGAAGCAUGCAAAUAUUGUAACCUUCUAUGCUUCUUUGCAAGAAAAGAACAAGCUAUAUAUUGUGAUGGAAUACUGUGAUGGUGGAGACUUAAUGAAGCGGAUAAAUAUGCAGCAUGGAGUGCUCUUUGAUGAGGACCAGAUUCUGAGUUGGUUUGUGCAGGUCUCCUUGGGCUUGAAGCACAUUCAUGACCAGAAGAUUUUACACAGAGAUGUAAAAGCAGAGAACAUUUUUCUUAGCAAUAAUGGAAAGGUAGCAAAACUUGGAGACUUUGGCAUAGCAAGACAGUUGAACAGCACUAUGGAGUUUGCCCAUACCUGUGUAGGGACCCCCUAUUAUCUGUCACCUGAGAUCUGUGAAAAUCAGCCAUAUAACAAUAAAACAGAUAUUUGGUCUCUUGGCUGUGUGCUUUAUGAGCUAUGUGCGCUAAAGCAUCCUUUUGAAGGCCAUAGUUUGCACCAGCUGGUGCUGAAGAUUUGCAGAGGAUGUUUUCACCCAGUGUCUCCCAGCUAUUCAUAUGAUCUGAGGAUAUUAAUUUCCCAGUUGUUUAAAAUAUCUCCAAGAGAUCGACCAACUAUCAAUUCUAUUCUAAGGAAGCCCUUCUUGCAGAAGCUUGUUCUCAGGUAUUUGCCCCCUGAGGAAGAACUUGGUCACACUGUGAUACAUAGAAAAAGACCUUCAGCAUCACAGUUUGGGGCCAAGCUGAUACAAGCAUAUAAACUUCAGAAAAGGAGAGUACAGGACCUAGUUUCUCCAGAAUCUGGAAUGGUGCUGCCUGUCAAGAAAAAAGAAUUAUUUCAAAGAAAUGAAUGGAAACCUACUUCAAGAGGGCAACAGCCUAUUUUUCAGGAGUAUCUGAAACAAUUGCAGAAGAUUCGGGAAGAAUACCACAGUGAUAUAAAAGAAUUCAGAUUUAGAGCAGGAGUACUCCAGGAGAAUCAAAAAAUACAAGAUAAAACCUAUGUUGUGAAGCAAGGAAAAGCUGAGGACCAGUCUGAAAUCAAGGAUACAGCUGGAACAGGAGAAGAAUCACUUCAGGACAUGGAAAAAAACUUUAAACAAGUCAGACUCCAGUAUAGUCAAGACCAGCAAAUCUUAGAAAAGAAACAUAAACCAAAGGGAGGAGUAAAGUUUGAAAUUAAUUUAGAUGUAUGUGUUCCUGAGGAAGACAGUAUUCAAGAAGCAGAGCUAUUGUUUUUUCAGGUACUAGAUAAACUCAGUAAGACUUUAACUUUUGUGGAUGGUAAGAAUCUUAAGGAGAAAGUGGUGGAAGUUUAUGAAGCUCAUAUGGACAGAGCUUUGGAAGAAGUAUCUGGAUACCAAACAGAGUCCAAUGACAUAGAUGAUAAGAAAGAAAAUUGGCAAGCUGGAGCACCUCAGACAUUACUGAAUUUUUUAGCUGAUGUUGAUGUCACAUCUGUAUGUCCUCCUAUGGCUGAAAACGAACUUGCUGACCACGCUUAUCUGCCUGAAGACAUCCCGGAAAACAGGAAGCAGUGGAAACAAACACCGCCAGGGACACUCCUGAAUAUCUUAGCAAAAGCAGAACUGUCUAAUGAUUCCUUCACCUGCCUUGAAGAAGAAAUAGAAGAAAGAUUAACUAUGUUGCCUCCAAAAGAAAACAAGGAAGAUGAUUCAGAAGCAUACUUUGCUGUUGCUGUUGAUGAAGGCAGACUUGAACCAAGAUCAGAUGAUGAAGACACAAAUUUUGAAGAUUCUGAAGAUGAACUCAGACAUGAGCUGGAGGAAUCUCUGGAAAAAGUGGCAGCUUCUCCAGCAGAGAGAAGCAUGGAGUCUCCCAUCCUUUCAAUAAAUAAAGGUCAAACAGAUGAAGAAAGGAUGAGUUUACCUCACAAACUACUUGGAAAAUCUAAUGAUGAUUUAGAAAAUAACCAUGGGUCAUUUAGUGCUGACACAUACAAUGAAAAAAGUAAGCAGGAAGCAAGAGCUACAUAGAACACCAGCAAAGUAACUGUUUCAAAACUUUAACUUGCUUGAAAUUUCAGCCACAUCAGUAACAACAUUUAAGGAUAGAUGAGAUUAAAUGCCAAGUAAUUCAACUGCUUUUCAACUGUGCUAAAUGCUCAAUUAAAAUUAAUAGAAGGUUGUUACUAUUUUGUUUAAAAGGAAGAAAAUCAGGCUAAUUGUCAUAUGUCUAAAUGUUGAAAAAUCCUCAUCCAGACUGGAGUGCACUUUCAUCUAUUAUUCUAAACUACCUGGGACAUCUCUGACAAGACUUCCUUGAGCAAAUUCCUAAUUACAUACUCUCUUUAACUGUAUUUGUAUCAUGUAAGAAAGUUUCCUAACCAGUAUAUUAUAUUUCCCUAGCUCAAUCAGCUUCUUGUUAUAAAAGAAGCUCUUACAGCCUUUCAUAAUCUCCAUGUACUGCUAAUACAGCUUUAUAAUCCAUAGUUUCAUUUGCACAGUACUACAUAGUACCACCAACUGCUCAGCAGUUUUUUAUAGUAGAAGUAAAAGCAUUUAUUAGAACCAUGAGA